AUGUUGUCGGCAUCCAGACGAGCAGCGACGAGCGCCCUGUCGCGGCAGCUCCGCGUCGCCUCGAGACCCUUUACCGUGUCGACGACGGUCCGCACGACCGAGAGACCCGCCGUCGUCGAGAAGAACGAGGCCGCGACGCCCCAGGUCGCCGACAACACCGUCCCCAAGACGGUUGGGCAGGCGCCCAACCGGUCGCUCGUGUGGUCGCGCAGCCAGAAGCCCCGCGCCGAGGCCAUGACUGGUCCGCGGUUCGAGCAGACUGAUUUCUCCCUCCAGCCACAACCUCACUCCGCGAUGGAGCUCGUCCACAAGGAGCCCGUCCGGUGGACUCACGCCCGCGUCGUGGCGUGCGAUGGCGGCGGCGGACCAUCUGGUCACCCUAGAAUCUUUAUCAACACUGACAAGCCGGAAAUUUCGAGCUGCAACUACUGCGGUCUUCCUUUUGCCAACGAGCACCACCGCAAGCACCUCGAAUCCCUCCACGAAACCUCGUACCCCCUCGCAUAG